GUUUAGCCUGCGAACCCUGCGGCGAGCGGGGAUGGCGGCUGUAGCUGCGGCUGCGGGCCGUUGGCUGGGGCUCGCUGGAGCCCGCUCGGAGGGGCCCUGGCGUCGUCUGCACGGCGCGGGGCUGCGGCGGGCCUUCCUGCACCCGGUCUGGGCCGGCCGGGAGGGGGCUCAGAGGCGUCUGGUGGCUCACUUCACCUUCCAGCCGGAUCCGGAGCCCCAAGAAUAUGGACAAACUCAGAAAAUGAAUCUUUUCCAGGCAGUAACAAGUGCUUUGGAUAACUCAUUGGCCAGAGAUCCCACGGCAGUAAUAUUUGGUGAAGAUGUUGCCUUUGGUGGAGUUUUUAGGUGUACUGUUGGCUUGCGAGACAAAUAUGGAAAGGAUAGAGUCUUUAAUACUCCAUUGUGUGAACAAGGGAUCGUUGGAUUUGGAAUUGGGAUUGCAGUGACUGGUGCUACUGCCAUUGCCGAAAUUCAAUUUGCAGAUUACAUUUUUCCUGCUUUUGAUCAGAUUGUUAAUGAAGCUGCCAAGUAUCGAUAUCGUUCUGGAGAUCUUUUUAAUUGUGGAAGCCUCACCAUCCGGUCCCCUUGGGGUUGUGUUGGCCACGGGGCUCUCUAUCACUCUCAAAGUCCUGAAGCUUUUUUUGCCCACUGUCCAGGAAUCAAGGUGGUUGUACCCAGAAGCCCUUUCCAGGCCAAAGGACUUCUUUUGUCAUGCAUAGAGGAUAAAAACCCUUGUAUAUUUUUUGAACCUAAAAUACUUUACAGGGCAGCAGUGGAACAAGUUCCUGUAGAACCAUACAAGAUCCCGCUGUCCCAGGCUGAAAUCAUACAGGAAGGGAGUGAUGUUACUCUGGUUGCUUGGGGCACUCAGGUUCAUGUGAUCCGAGAGGUGGCUUCCAUGGCUCAAGAAAAGCUUGGAGUGUCUUGUGAAGUCAUUGAUCUAAGGACUAUAUUACCUUGGGAUGUAGAUACAGUUUGCAAGUCCGUGAUCAAAACAGGGCGACUCCUAAUCAGUCAUGAGGCUCCCUUGACAGGCGGCUUUGCAUCAGAGAUCAGCUCUACAGUUCAGGAAGAGUGUUUCCUGAACCUUGAGGCUCCUAUAUCAAGAGUUUGUGGGUAUGACACACCAUUUCCUCACAUAUUUGAGCCAUUCUACAUCCCAGACAAAUGGAAGUGCUAUGAUGCACUGAGAAAAAUGAUUAACUAUUGACCAUAUA